UUCCCUCUCACUUGAUCCACCAAGGCAAGCACAAGCUAAAAACAAAGACGAUCAACCUUGAUACACAAAUAUCUAGCAGGAGACCAUGGCCGCAGGAGAUGACCUGAAGCUGAUCGGAGUAUGGGCAAGUCCAUUUGUCGUCAGGGUGAAGCUUGCACUGAGCUUCAAGGGCCUGAGCUACGAGAAUGUCGAGGUGGACCUCACCAGCAAGAGUGAGCUCCUCCUCAGCUCCAACCCGGUGCAUAAGAAGGUGCCGGUGCUCCUUCACAAGGAGAAGCCCAUCUGUGAGUCCAUGGUAAUCGUGCAGUACAUCGACGAGGCAUUCGCCGGCACCAGUCCCUCCUUGCUUUCCUCCGAGCCCCAUGAACGUGCCGUUGCCCGCUUCUGGGCCGCCUACAUCGACGACAAGCUUGUCGCCUCAUGCAUACAGUCGUUCAGGGGCAAAACAGAGGAGGAUAAGUCCGAGGGGACUAAGCAGAUGUUUACUGCACUGGAGAAUUUGGAGGGAGCGCUGAAGGAGAGCUGCAAUGGGGAGGGCUACUUCGGAGGCGAGAGCGUCGGAUUCGUUGACGUUUCGCUAGGGGGGCUGCUCUCGUGGCUGAACGCUGCCGAGGUGAUGUCGGGGACUGGGAUCAAGAUCUUUGACCCCAUUAAGACUCCGCUCCUAGCGGCAUGGACGGAGCGUUUCAGAGAGCUUGAUGGCGCCAAGGAGGCCUUGCCGGACAACGACAUGAUGGUAGAGUUCGCCAGGAAGAGGCAGGCACAGGCGGCAGCGGUCGUUGCAGCUUCGGAGAACUAGUAAAUUAAGUGGGUAUGGGGAAGAUGACUCAUCAGUCACAUUUGAUAAAAGUAUAUGCAUGUUUGCUUUCAAAUGAAGAUGUAUUGCCUUGUUUCAUAUGAUAAUUUUAUCGGCUAAGAUUUUAUCACUCA